UAUUAAAUAUUUCCGCUGAAAGCCAGCCGCUUAACUAUUCGUUUUAUUUUAUUGAACUCAAGGUAACAAGAGAGUGAACACGUAUUUUGGUGAGAGCAGAGCGGUUGUAAACAUGCAGUUGUGGUCGAAAACAGUGAGUCCCAUCCUUCAAAAUGUCGCAAAAACGAGCUCUGUUAGGACUUACGUCAAAGGCGAACCGACGGGGCCCCAGCUAAAAACCGAAAUUCCGGGUCCGAACUCCCGAAAACUUCACGCCGAACUCAAUGCCAUCCAACAGAGCGAAGCGGUUCAGUUUUUCGCCGAUUACAACAAAUCCCUCGGGAACUACAUCGUGGAUGUUGACGGGAACGUAAUCCUCGACACAUACAACCAAAUCGCGUCAAUCCCGAUAGGAUACAACCAUCCAUCCCUACUCAAAGUAUUCCAAAAUGAAGAUAAUUUGAAAGCACUAGUCAACCGGCCAGCCCUGGGCGUAUUCCCGGGCGAUUACUGGCCGAAAAAGCUCCGCAGCGUAUUACUCUCAGUGGCCCCCCGGCUCCCAAACGUCACCACAAUGAUGUGUGGCUCGUGUUCGAACGAAAACGCGUACAAAGCCAUGUUUAUCGCCUACCGCCGGCACCAACGAGGCGAAAACGUCGAUUUCACCGACCUGGAGAAAGAGAGCUGCGUUAGUAACAAGCCACCCGGCGCCCCCGACCUGUCCCUGCUGUCCUUCCAUGGGGCCUUCCACGGCCGCACUUUGGGGGCCCUCGCCACCACGCACUCCAAAGCCAUCCACAAGCUCGACGUGCCCUCGUUCGACUGGCCCAUCGCCCCCUUCCCACAGUACAAGUACCCCCUUGAGGAACACGCGCGCGAGAACGCGGCCGAAGACAAGAGGUGUCUCGCAGCGGUCGAGGACUUGAUCCAGACUUACAAUAAGAAGGGCAAACCCGUGGCGGGGAUCGUCAUCGAGCCCAUCCAGUCGGAAGGGGGCGACAACGAGGCCUCGCCGGAAUUCUUCCAACAGUUGCAGAAAAUCGCCAAGAAAUACGGCGCCAGUUAUCUCAUUGACGAAGUCCAGACAGGGUGUGGGGCCACAGGGAAGUUCUGGGCACACGAACACUUCAAUCUAGAAUCGCCCCCUGAUAUCGUCACCUUCAGCAAAAAAAUGCUGACAGGGGGGUACUACCAUUCGGUUGAUUUGAGGCCCAAACAGCCCUACAGGAUUUUCAAUACCUGGAUGGGGGAUCCGGGGAAAAUCGCCCUGUUGGAGGCGUGUCUUGAGACUAUCAAAAAUGAGAAUCUCCUGGAUAAUGUUAAUAAAGUCGGGGAUAAGUUGAAGAAAGGCUUGUUGAGACUGGAGGCUGAAUUUCCUGAAAAAAUUAACUCCACCAGGGGACGUGGCACGUUUUUGGCCGUGAAUGCGCACACGCCCGCUUUGCGAGACAGUAUUAUUGCGAAAAUGAAGCAGAAAGGUGUUUUGAUGGGGGGCUGUGGGGAUCACUCUUUGAGGCUGAGACCGUCGCUCAUUUUCCAGGAACGCCACGCCGAUGUGUUCCUGGAGCGCUUCAGACAGGUCCUGAGGGAAAACUAAUGUAAUAAUUAAACAAAAUAAAAAUUAUACUUGCGUCA